CACGUGGUUUCUUGAACAUAUUUAGAAACAGGAGGGUUUUUAACCUGACAAAGAAUUGUACAAAAUCUAGUUAUAUUUCAAAUGAUCUUCUUAUUAAAAAGGUCAUAAUGUCCGAUUCUACAGCUCUGUGUGACGUGUGCUGUCUUCGUCACCUUUCCAAACCAUCGACUGGCUGGUGUCUUGAAUGUGAAGAAGGACUUUGUUUGGACUGCAAAGAACAUCAUAGUUUACUCAAGGCAACACGGAAUCAUAACAUCAUUCCUAUUAGUGAGUAUCAGAAGUUACCACAAAACGUGUUAGAAAUCACAAGAAACUGUGAAAAACACAAUGAAGUUUUGCAAAUAUUUUGCAAAAAACACGAUAGUCCUUGCUGUAGGAAAUGUAUCAUCGAAACACACAAUAACUGCAAACAUUUAAUCGAAAUAGAAGAUUACAUAAAAGACAUUAAGUCAUCGGCUAGGUUUCAAGAAGUUGAAGAAAUGAUGAAUGAAGCAGCUGAAAAUAUCAAAAGAAUCCGUAUCAACAGGAUGGAAAACCUGACAUCAUUACAGGAAGAAAAAAAGAGAAUAGAAAACGAUAUUGCACAGACCAGGAUUAAAAUCAACAACCAUCUAGAUAAACUGCAGGCCGAUCUUAUUCAAACCCUAUAUGCAAAAGUGAAGAAAGAAAACGGAAAAAUAGAGCAGGUACUGAAAUCGUUAGAGGAAAAGCAGUGCCAAAUAAACGAAUAUCAAAAUACCUUCGAAAACAUUAAGAAAUACGCGACAGACGUUCAACUUUUUCUCUCUAUGAAACUAAUGGAAACCAACAUUGAGAAAGUUGAAGAAUUCAUGCGAUCGUUAAAAGAAGGUGAGAGCCUUUGUCAAGUGAUGUUAGUAAUGAAAGACACAUUUGACACUAACGCAAUUGCUGUCAGUAUGCCGUACAUAGGGAAAAUAGAAAUAGAUUACUCCCCAAGUCAAGUCAGCAUCAUCAAAAAGAAGGAAAUGCAAGCGCAGACGAAGGCGACCAAACCAACAAUUAAAUCAAUUGCAAAUAUCUCCCUUAAGAUUGAAAGGAAGAUAAGCGCAUGUGAAGUAGGGGUGACGGGGUGUACAUUACUUCCACAUGGAAAAAUUGCAUUUGCAAAUGAAAUGUUAAGCAGCAUUAUAGUAGUCAAAGCUGACGGGUUACUUGACUUUAAGAUCGAUUUAAAACCGUUCGCUCCUUUUGAUAUCACAUAUAUUUCUAAAACCAAUACCAUAGCUGUCACUUCAAGAAGUUCAAAUGACAUUAAAUUCGUUGAUGUAAAAUCAAAAAAGGUACUGAAAACGUACAAUUUGGACUCGCCAUGUGCAGGUAUAACGUACACAGAAGAAAGACUGGUGUUAUGCAACAAAACAGGAAUACAUGAGUUGAAUCAACGGGAUGGAUCAGUAAAGACAAUUGUAUCAGUUAAAAUAAACAAUUCUGCCUACGUUGUUAUCCGUGGAGAUAAGAUCUACUACACUCAUCCAGAUAAUCAAUCAGUAACUUGUUGUGAUUUCCAAGGACACAUACAGUGGACAUUCCAGAAUCGAAAGAUCAUAACUUACCCAUUCGGUGUAACUGUAGACAACGACGGUAACGUGUUCGUCGCUGGCAAUAUCUCUCACAACGUUGUUGUCAUAUCUCCCGACGGACAACAACACAAACAACUGUUGUCUUCCAGUGAUGGUGUCGAAGUGCCACAUGGUUUGAUCUAUGAUAGACAUAAUAACCAGUUACUUGUUACAUAUUAUUUAAACGGUGCAGUUUUGUAUAAUGUAACAUGA